AGAGAGAGAGAGAGGAGAGAGAGAGAAAGGAGAAAGAAAAGAGGCAAGCUCUGAGAGCCCCCGGUCUUCGACGAAGGUUGUCGAACGAAUUUUUUUCCCUUUUUCGUUUUUUCCUUUUCCCCCGCAAUCUUAUUAUCGUCGCCCGUUUUCUUCCAAGUUCGACACGCUCCACGAUCGGCUCCUCCGUCUCUUCUCCUUCGUCAUUUUGGCCGCUUGCUCAUCUGGUGCGAGGAAAAUGCGCUGAGAAGCGAUCGACGAAGAAUGUCGAUGGACGAGACACAUGGGGGCGGCAUGGUUUCCGCAAUCCUUUCCUCGAUCGUGCUUCUUCUCCUGCUUGGACGCACCGUGGACGCUCAGAGGAGCUUGGAAUUCUUCGAUCUUCUACCGGAAGAUCCCAAAUUGUACGACAAAAUGCGACCGCCAAAGAAGGAUGGACAGGCGACCGUAGUUUAUUUCCACGUCACUGUUAUGGGUCUCGAUUCCAUAGACGAGAAUUCAAUGACGUAUGCAGCCGACAUAUUUUUCGCCCAAACUUGGAAGGAUAACAGGCUACGAUUACCAGAAAAUAUGACAUCCGAAUACAGAUUGCUCGAAGUCGAUUGGCUGAAGAAUAUGUGGCGACCGGAUUCGUUCUUCAAGAACGCGAAAUCAGUGACGUUCCAAACGAUGACUAUACCGAAUCAUUACUUAUGGUUGUACAAAGACAAGACUAUCUUAUACAUGGUCAAAUUAACGUUGAAGUUAUCGUGCGCCAUGAACUUCUUGAUCUACCCUCACGACACUCAAGAGUGUAAAUUACAAAUGGAAAGUCUGUCGCACACGACGGAUGAAAUGAUCUUCCAGUGGGAUCCUGACGUGCCACUCGUCGUCGACGAGAACAUCGAGCUGCCCCAGCUCCAACUGGUUAAAAAUUACACGGCCGAUUGCACGCAGGUCUAUUCUACUGGUAACUUCACCUGCCUCGAAGUAGUGUUCGUCCUGAAACGUAGGCUCGGCUACUACUUGUUUCACACCUACAUUCCAACCUGCUUGAUCGUAAUCAUGUCGUGGGUCUCCUUCUGGAUAAAACCGGAAGCGGCGCCAGCCAGAGUCACGCUCGGCGUAACUUCCUUGCUGACCCUCUCCACGCAACACGCCAAGAGUCAAGCGUCCCUGCCACCUGUUUCGUAUCUGAAGGCCGUGGACGCUUUCAUGUCGGUUUGCACGGUGUUCGUGUUCAUGGCGUUGAUGGAGUAUUGCCUGGUGAACAUCGUCCUCGGCGACUCGGACACGCCCCCGAAACCGGCGCCACCACCUCCCCCGCCGUCCUCCAGCGGCCCCGAUUCCGCCAAGCUCGAUAAAAUUUUCGACAUCGCCACUAAGGAAAACGCAAUGUUGUUAUCCGGCCGAUCGCAGAAAUCGACGACCGGUCCACCGCCAGGCCCAACACCCGCGCAGAAGGCGCGAAUGCGUGCCCUGAACAUCGAUCGGGUCUCCCGCGUCUUCUUCCCUUUCCUCUUCGCCGUGUUGAACGUAACUUAUUGGAUAAUGUUCGCCGAGUACAUUUAAUUGCCGCCGUGGAACUCGAUCGCGGCAAACUCGAACAGACCGGAAACGUCGAUGCUGGGAAAGAAGAUAUCGGACGGAGGAAGUGUUUCUGAAA